AUGGGUCUCAUCUCGCUCAUCUGGUUCGUUUUGAAGCCGCUGGGCCUGGUUGUGGGGCUGAUCUUGCUGUUCACCUCGUUCGGGUUCUACGCGCUCUUCCAGUCCUUGUGCGGAGUUUGGUUCAAGACUCAGAACCUAAAGAAACGCUACAAUGCGGAAUGGGCGCUUGUGACGGGCUCCAGCUCGGGCAUCGGCAAGGCGAUCGCGCAGAAGUUGGCGCAGCAGGGGCUCAAUGUGGUGCUUGUGGCACUGGCAGACGAUCUGUUGGACCGCACGCAUGAAGAGCUGUCAGCAGCCUACCCUGGGGUCGAGUUCCGCAAGGUGGGCGCCAACCUGGGGAAGUCCGGCUACAUGGCCGAGAUAACCCGCGCCACGUCAGACAUCAACGUCCAGGUCGUUUUCUGCAACGCGGGCUACAUUCUUUCGGGAUUCUUCUACACUCGGUGA